AUGGUGCAGCCUCCGUCGCUGGCUGCUCUCCACGAGCUCAAGACGUCGAUCCAACUAUCGCCCGACCAGCGAUUGUCCCUCUUGCGCAUCAUCAAGAACGACAUUGUUGGCCACGGCCAGCGCAAGAAGCUUGUAGUUCGUCAUGGCCUGCUUGACUGCCUGGCCCAACUUCUGGCUACUUCGCCCGGUACCGACGUCCAACUGCAGACAACCUUGAUCGUUGCCAGCCUCGCCGACGAGGGCUCUGCUUUUGUCGCUCCCAUCCUCCAUAGCAAUCUGCUGCAAUCCAUAGCUCUAUAUCUCUCUCCGCCUUCCUCUUCGUCAACCAGCCUUGUCACCGCCUCUCUGCGCGCUCUCAACGCUCUCGCCGUCUCGUGGACUUCCUCGCCCAACCCAGACCCGAUAUUUGUCUCUCACGUCUUGAACAAGAACACCCUCGCUUCUUUUUUGAAGAUCCUCCGUCAUCCUCUACCUACUUCAAACGAACAACAGCAUAUUGCUUUGGUCUCGACCCUGAUCGCAACUUGUUAUACUCAUUGCACUCAGCUGCGUUCGGCUCUGGUCCAUCAUGGCAUUCUCGAUGCCCUUGCAUCAAAUCUCGCCAGCUUUGCGCUCGUCUACAACAUAAAUCCACAAUCCAGCCAUAAUAAACUCGAUAUCGCCGCUCUUCUCAAUGCCGUCUCAACUAUCAUUCGCGACUCGACCUAUCGAGCCCACCGUCUCAUCUUCUCUGAUGAUUUGAGGCGCAUCUUCAGCCAUGCAUCAGACUCCACCCACUCAGAUUCUCUCCAGACCCCUGCUUUGAGCCACCACAAACACCCCAAGCCCAGUAAUGUCGUCCAGGUCGAUACUCUACUCCCCAAAGUCAUGGUCCCUCUGCAAAAGUCCCUCGCCUUUGGCCACCAUGCUUUGAACAACUCUAGACUCUUCUCGGACCACGCCGCCACCAACAUCUCCGUAGACUCACCUCUCUGCGUCUGGCUCAUGUACCUUGCUCGCUCACAGCAAGAUCCUUGCUGUCGUCUGGCCGCUCUUCGCCUUUUGGCCAUCCUCAACGAUGCACUCGAUGCUGACAUUGACGCCCCCCGUUACGACACACUUACCAGAUCAAGAGAAAGAGAAAGACAAAUGGCUUUGUUUGCGAUUCCCAUUGCUGUCAAGCUUGUUCAAGAUUCACUAGAUACUAUCUUUGGCCAGGAGCUGUCUAUCGUCAAAGAAGACGCCUGUGCUGUUCUAGCCCAUCUGAUUGAGAACAGCACUGAGCUUCAGCAAGCCGCCCUUGAUGCUGGCGCCGUCAAACAUGUCUCACAACUACUCAAAAAGUCCUUUGACCCUAUUACUCUUGCCCGCCCAAUGUGGUCGGCAGACUCUCAAGCUCUAGACUCGCAACUGCCCCCGACCCCAUCCGCUACCCUUGGGCCCGAUGGCCUUGCGCCGGAAGUUAUGCAUGCUAUGAAAUGUAGAGCAGGUGCAUUAGAGGCCCUUGCCGCUAUUGCCGAGAAAGAAGAUGUCAACCGCAAGGCAGUCAUUGAUAGUGGCAUCAUCUCUAAUCUUAUUGACUCACUUGUACCUGUCAGCGCCUUUGACUCCUCGAUUCUGCCCUCCAAGAACGGGAACACAGUACCAGUCUUGCUCGCCGCCUGCCAUGCUGCUACAGCCUUGUCAAGGUCUGUCAGCCUCUUGCGCACAGCUCUCAUCGACGCUGGUAUAACAAAACCUGUAUAUAACCUCUUGACGUUCCCAGACCUCGAGGUUCAGAUCGCUGCUACCAAUGUCACCUGUGAUCUGGUGCUCGAGUUCAGUCCAAUGCGUCAGGAUCUCGUCACCGCUGGCAUCGUCACAGUACUGUGUGAGCAGGCGAAGCGAUCUAACUCGAAGUUGCGCCAAGCCUCGCUAUGGGCUUUGAAACAUCUUGUCCUCAACUCUCCAAAAGACCUGAAGAUAGAAUGUCUCGAACAACUAGGCACAGGUUGGCUAGUCCAGGCAGUGAAUGGAACAUCUGAACCGGGAACCUCUGUGGCUCUGGGUAGUAUUAACGCUGCAGGUGAACAGGUCGAUCUGCUAAAUGCCUCCAGCACACCCGUGGACGGUGAAGUAUUGAUGGACCAAAACGGUACACGCUAUCAAUCCAGCGGGCUCAGGUCGACGCUGGACACUACCAACUAUAAAACGCAUCUACGAUUACUGCGUAAGAAUGAACAUGACCCUGGAGUGCAGGCAAAACAUGACGAUAUGUUGGUCCAAGAACAAGCACUAGAUUUCAUCAGGAAUUUGAUCAAUGGCGAUGACAAUGUCGCCAUGAUCGAGCAUCUCAACAGUGUCUUGGGUGCAGAUCGGCUGUUCGAAAUGCUCCACAAUAAACUUCGACCUGUUGUGUUCCGGCCUAACUCGCCGCUUCACGCUCACAGCCACACCCCACCGGAACUGAUCAAUGCUGCUCUGGGUGUUAUCAUCCAUGUGGCUGGAGGAUCGUCCAAACAUCGCCAACAAUUGAUAGCACAAACGCCUCUGUUGACCGCCUGGCUACCACAUUUCUCUCACGCAGACCGUCGUAUUCGUGUAGCGUCUGUCUGGGCCAUUAUCAACUUGACCUGGGUCGAUAGUGCUGCCGACAGAGAAGACGCCAAAGCGAGAGCUCGUAUCUUAGCAUCGUUCGGCAUAGAUGAGAAGAUACGGGCUUUGGCAGAAGAUGUUGAUGCUGAUACACGAGAAAGAGUCAAGACAGCCGUAAGGCAGAUCGAUGAACUGUUGGAAGGCGGUCGAUAUCGAUGA